AUGUCAGACGUUUGGCCAACCAACUAUUCAGACAAACGGCAAAAGAUCCUUUUCAUGCGCAAUAUCGGCAGAAACCUCGCGGGCCCCGACUGCGUUGAGCCGCACGAAACCUGCCCUGUCAGACGAUAUCAGAUUGAGGGAGUUAAGACGAGGUCAAUCUCUCGCCCGUUCGAAUUCUGUUGGGAGCAGGACGUUUUGUUCCGGCGACCUCACAGGAUCUUGUUCACGAGCAUUUCAGCCUGA